AUGGUUGUGGGCGGCUCCGAAGUCGACGCUGAGGUAAACGGUGCGUUUGGCUCUGGAAGCGAAGCAAGCGGGUGUUCUUGCGCCGUCGUCAUAGUAGGGGAAGACGAAAAUGAAGAGCUACCCAUCGACGACGUAGUCGAGAGAUACGCAGUGGACGUGAUGAGGGAAGGGGUCGAAGGCACAGUCGCCGUCGCCGUAUCCAUCUGUGUCUGGAUCGUAGGCCUGAUCGCUGGUUGGGUGAUGGGGAAGUGUGGGCGGAUAUCUAGAGGGAAUAACGGGAAGUUCAAUGUUCAAAUGGUCGAUGAAGACAAGCGUCUUUGGUCAUCGUGUCAGAUCGGGGUACACAUGAAGGCAAGAGAAGACACGUACACUGAAAUAGGCGAUGAAGGGAUUGAGUUGGGCGAACGUGAUCCGAGUCGGGGUUCGUUUGUGCGUAGGCCUCUUUGUAGGGUAACAACCAUCAGGCCUCGGAGUCACUAUACACCCAUGGCGGCAAGUUGUUCAGCUUGCGACUACACCAUUCGAGGCAGCAGGGCCUAUGAGAUGCAUGUCAAGUACAAUCACUGUCAAACUGCGAUAGUUAUUUCAAAAAUCUCCUGGAGGCAAGUUGAGGGGCAUCUUGGCAAGAAACACUCUAUGUCCCAAGCCGAUUUCUCUACCAAAUAUGAACUUUUCCCACCCGCCGCUGGGUAA